AUGUCCUCAGCUACAGAAGUCAGUCCUGUGAAAGCCGAGGCAACGGGGCUUCAGACCCUGGUACAGGCGUGCCUCAUCGCGGGAGGGCACCCAGAGGAAGCCCCGGAGCGUGUUUUGCGUCACUGGCCGGUGCCUAGCAUCGCUGGGACUGUGGAGAGGGGGCACCAGCUCAGGGGCUUGGAGGCUUUUUCCCCCUGUGUGUCCUGUUUGAGAGCCAAACGUUGCUGAGGACGUGGCAGAGGAGCAACCGAGGCGAUGGCAGCCGAGGCAGGGAUGCUCGAGCUGCCCUUCGUCCGCGAUGACCAGCUCACCCGGUGCAUGCGACUGCGAUUCCAGAGCCUGCAGCAAAAAAACGCGAGGCCCCAGGAUGGUGAGAAGCUGCUGCGUCCCAAUGAGCACAUCUACCGAGUGGAUUUCAUCCGGCAGCACAACCUGCGCUUCCUCCGCUGGAACAUCCAGCUGGAGAGACCUGGGAAGGUCACGGUGACCGGCACCUCCCAGCACUGGACUCCUGAUCUCACCCACCUUAUGAACCGACAGCUGCUGGAGCCAGUGGGCAUCUUCUGGAAGAAGCCAGGGGCCAAGGAGGUGGAGUGCAACGAGGCAGAUGCCCAGGAAUUUGGGGAGCGGAUAGCGGAGUUAGCCCAGAUCCGCAAGGUGAUGUAUUUCCUCCUCGCUUUCACUGACGGCCUCGAACCAGCCCAGAUGAAGGGCUCCAUCAUUUUUAAAGCCUGA